AUGAAUUGGACUGGUGGACAGCUCCACCGUCAUUUGACCCGCCCGGGCAAUCUGAGUCAAGCUCAAAAGCAGCACUUUUUCCAAUCUCGACAGCAAAGUAGCGGUAACAUCAGGCUUGAUCAGGAUCGCUUGAAGAUUGGCCAGGACAUCGAUGACAGUCAACCCGGUGACACUGUCACACAUGACCUUCAUGAUCCUGAGAGGGGCGGAACAGAAGAGGUCAUUAACGGCAAGUCCUCGUUACCGACGCGUUCCACUGAUCCUCCUUUCACGGAGCGGCAUGAUCACCUAGAACGUUUGAAACGUCGACUCCUCGAAGACACUGACUGGGCGGUGGUCUCAGCCGCUCGUCCUCUACAAAUCAAGUUUACCGUAGAUCGCGAAAUUGACCGUUUUGGAAAGCGCCGGAGGCUAAAUGAUACGGAUCGACAGCGAAUGUUAGAUGCGAACACAGGCCAAGGCCAUUCUACGCUGUUCACCACAACGGGCCGUCCUAGCAGGGCAAGAGCGAAAUCUCCAGAUCCAAUUCGGAUUAGGAUCACUAAGCCCCCUUUCGAUCCAAAUACGCAGCUCGGAGACGGUAACCGUCGAAAGGUCAAUGACGUCGGUGCUAGAAGAUGUCCAGAUACAUGGGACACAUCUGAGUCGAAUUCACCAGCUCGAGCGCGUAACAAACGCUAUUCUUCAGCCGAUCAAAAUAUGCAUCGCAGUGCUGGCUCAACCACACAGCUCAACCCUAGUCUACCUUCCCCGCUUCAGGAUUCAAUGAUCUUGUGGGCGAAGCCCAGGUACUCAAAGUCGCGACAACCUCAUCGAGCUCUUUCGGACGUCUCUUGCGCUCCUACCGAAAUACUACCUGUCUCUUCAACGCUCAUGCCGAGUGACUCUCUUUCCUCAGUUAAUGUCCAAAGCUGGCUGCCGCACCCUGUGCGCCGUAAGUCCUUCAGCGGUCAUGUCGCGAUGCACGCAAGUGAUCUCGAAAGCUCAUCACAUUUCCCACCUUGCUUCGAACCACAUUACACUCCAGAUUUCCAAUUUCCUGAGUUGGCACAGGUACAGCCCUCCGUUCCAGUGGAAAUUUUUGGUCAAUUGGUACGAAACCGUAGCAUCUCGAUAUCGGACACCUCACGAUGCUAA